AUGAAUCAGCCAGCACCGAGUGUCAUUGCCACAGACACGACUUCGAACAAAUUAGUUGGCUAUGCAUUGGCAAGCUUACCUGAAAUUGCGGUAGAACUGCCAGACAUUGCUAAACUUAUUUUGUUAAUCAACACUCUAGACUACAAAGGUAAACCUCUUCGCGAUAACACCUAUUACAUACUUGGUCAAAUAUGUGUAGCCGAUGGGUAUCGAGGGCAAAUGGUCUUUGAUGGAAUGUUACAAAAACAUCGCGAGUUGUAUAGCGAUCGUUAUGAAAUGAUGAUUACGUGUAUCUCAAAUAAGAAUGUUCGGUCACUUCGUGCUCAUGCUAGAGUCGGUUUCGAAACAAUAUAUACUUUCAAUGAUUUGCGUUCCGGUGAUACAUGGCACGCAGUACUAUGGGAUUGGCGCUAG